CGAGAUUCGUUAGCGGUAGCAUCGUUUCGGUGUCGAGUCCGAUUAACUCAAAAAUAAAAAGAGUAAUAAGUAACUUUUUUAUUUAAAUCGUUGGUUUUUUUUUUAGAGUGAUUAGAUUAGUGAUUUCUAAGCAGUGAUUUAAAUGUUAGUGUAACCCACCGCGCCUAUUAUAGAUGGACCUAAUAUGAUGGAAGUAGUGCUGAUGGAGAUGAUCAGAUCGUUCGAAUGCAGGCGUAUUUAAAUGGUUUAAUCGUCGCGUCGAAUCCAACGAUGAUGCCUCUGGCACCAACACCAAUAGUGGCGGUGCCUUCGAAGCCUAAGAUAGGCUUCUCGAUCGAUUCGAUCGUCGGCGGCGCCCGCCAGACGAGUCCGCAGCGAUCGCCGUCGCGCUACUCGGACGGUUCGGGACCGCUGUCGCCGGGCAGCGAGCCGGGCGCGGCGCCGGGCCCGUCGCCGCCGGCGCCCGCGUCGUCGCCGAAGCCGCCCAUCAUGGUGCCGGGCAUACCGGCGCACACGCUGGUCCGGCCGAGUCCGACCUACGAGAGCAUGGUGCACCAGGCGAAGAACGCGUUCAUGCAGCAGGAGAUGAUGCCCGGCGGCCACGGUGGGGGGCAUCAGCAUCCGUUCGCGCUGGCCGCCCAAUUUUCGGGGGCGGCGAUCGCGGCGGCUUUGUCGGGCGGGCAUCACGGCGUCUUCGCCGGGCAUCCGGCGUCGAUGGGGCAGCAGGCGCAGCCUAGGGAUAGCUAUACUUUGUAUCCUUGGUUGAUGUCCAGGCACGGGAGGAUAUUUCCACAUAGGUUUCCUGGAGGUCCCGACAUUCCCGGAUUCCUGCUCCAACCUUUCAGGAAACCAAAGAGGAUAAGAACGGCGUUCAGUCCGUCGCAGCUGCUCAAAUUAGAGCACGCGUUUGAGAAGAAUCACUACGUGGUGGGAGCCGAGAGGAAGCAAUUGGCGCAGUCGUUAUCCCUAACAGAAACUCAGGUGAAAGUGUGGUUCCAGAACAGGCGGACGAAGCACAAAAGGAUGCAGCAGGAGGAGGAGGCGAAGACGAAUAACGGGCAGAAAUCGGGAUCGCCGCAUUCGCAGAACGGCUCUCAAAACAGUUCCCAGAUAAAUAAAUGGAAAGAGGAGGGAUCGGACGAGUACGGGGAGUACAUAGACAUGGACAUGGAGGACGAGUGCAUUAGUGACGUUGAAAGUGAGACCUAGAGGUGUCGGGAAUCGGGAAUUUCGAUGGGACAUGACUAUAUCGAUUUUGCGAUUCCUCGCGAGAGUUUUCUUUUCUCGUCGGCGAGAGGUUUUUUUUGUCUGUACAUAUAAUUUAUGUGUAAAUUAAAUUUUGGGAGAAGUCGGAUCGAUGCCGAGUUGCAAUAACCCCGAGGAAAAAACGGACGGUUCGUUUUAGUGCCAAUUCUGCGUGCCAAACUCUUCUUGUUAUUAGUGCCAAUUUUCAAAGGAUUCGAAGGAAUGAGAGAAAUUCGUCUUGUUAUAGUAGUUUUGAAAAUUAUCAAAUGUACAUAGUUAUUUAUUUCCUUUAUGAAAUUAUAUAUUUAUUAUCCUUUUUUUUUGUUGUAUAUAAUUUAGGUCUCAAAGUAUUUGUGUUUUCUUUUUGACUAUUUUUUUUUACUGUGAGAGGAAGCGCGUUUGGUUUUGCGCGUCAAUUCAUUAUAGUAUAUUAAAUUAUGUACAGUGUGGACCAAUAGUUGUUCCUUAAAUCUAAUUUACCCAAUGUGGCAUGUCUUUGUGUUUAGAGUGCAGUGUCAAAAUACUCGACAAUUUUGAUAAUUUUUUUGUGUCUUGAUAAUGUAUUUUGUUGUAGGAAAACAAUGGCAAUAUCCAGACAAUCCUAAAAUAACUAUUUAAAGUCUAUUUUUAUUAGAAAUUUAGCAUUAAAUACGGGCUGUCCCAAACUAAAUAAAAUCAGCAAUAUUACGAUGACUUUCAUAAUUAUCCUUCUAUAUCAUGUUUGGGGACAUCCUGUAUAUAACAGUAUUUUGGUCGUCACUGUAUGUAUUAUUUUUUAAUUAUAAGAAUUCGAAACGAGUGUACUUUCAAUAACGAAUUCGAAUUUACAAAAACAACGUGAAAAACAGAAAAUUAAAUUUAUCAACAUUUUGUUUAAUUUAAAAUCGAAUUUGAUAUGAAACCGUGACCUAAUAUUUUUUUAAUAAUUUAAGCACUCUUCUUACCGUACUUCUAAAUUAGUUUAUUGUUUAAUCAUUCGUCAAAAAUUAGUGCAAAUAAGUUGUAAAAAACUGUAAUAGAGUUAAUUAAAAAAAUAUUAGGUCACAAAGAAAUGAUCCCAAAUCGAUUGGAUUUGGGAAAAAUGAGAUACCAUAAGUACAUGAAAAGAAACUUUUAAUUUCUGUGAUGAUUGUACAUAAACAUUUUUUACUAUUUUAACAUAUCUACGGAUAAAACACAAUAUAAAAAAACGAAAACGAAAAGUGUGAAUAUAUGUUUUUGUUUUGAGUUACGUAUGAUUUUUUUUGUACUUGUAUGCAUUCGUAAUGUUCAUAUUAAUACCUAUUUCAUCAGAAUGUUAGAUCUAAUAAACGUUCUCUUACAAAAUUUCUAUUGUACCUACAAACAUAAAAUUUGUACAAGUUUAUAAAUUAUUUAUAAGAGCCUAUACGUCUGAUUAAUUUUUGCUUCCCAGAUGUAUUUGCGUAAAACAUAAUUAUUCUCAAUUAGUCAGUAUUAAAAAAUUAUUGUAAUAUCACAAUAAAUAUUGGCAUGAUUGUUUUUUUAUGUCUAAUUAUUUUGUUAAUUACGAUUGAUUUAUCAAAAAUUAUAUCAAUAAUACGUAGGUAUUUGAAUAAUAAGAGAACUUGUAUUGGUUCAAUAAUAGUAGAGAGUCUUCCCUGGGAUGUAUUUAACAAUUAAUAGCGAAAAUAAAAUCCCAAAAAUUAUUUAUUAUUUGUCUUUUUUCGCUAAAAAAAUUGUAAAUACCUCUUAAGGGAAACGUUAUUCUGAUGAAUUCGAAGUACCUAAAACUUGUAGAAAUUGCAAAAUAUGUUCAGUUUGUAUGUACUUAAGUACCUACUUAAAACUUGUAAUUAUAGAAUAAAAAGAAUUUU